AUGAGGGAUUUUGACUUAAACGAGUGUCCUGUCGAACUCAAUAUUGCUGUUGGGACUGAGGAAGGGUAUGGAACAACUUUAUUCCCAUUGUAUUGCACCCAAAAACUGCCUAACAAAGAUACCCAUCAGCAUGAUGGUGAUUGUGGUGAGUCCCAUAAUGCAAAUGCAAAUGCAGUGGACAAUUUGAUUCACGAAGGGCAUGUUGGGCAGUUUGAGUCUUCAUCAUUAAACCAGCAAUCGAUUGAUGCCCCUGGAGAAGUGCAUAUUGAAGAACAAUAUGAUGGUGAAGAAGCUUUGUCACAGCCCCAAGAGCCUUUCCUAGGAAUGAGAUUUGAUACUUUGUUGUGUGCUCGUAACCACUACAAUGCUUAUGCACUGAAGCUUGGGUUCUCAAUAAGAUCAAACACUUCUAGGAGAUCGUUCUACACAAAUGAAGUUGUGAAACAGCAGUUUGUUUGCAACAAGUUCAGAAAGCCUAAACCUGAAGGUAGCAAUACACAUAAGCCUAAAGUUGCUCCUGCUAUUUGCUCAGAAUCUGGAGGGGAUAGCGAUGAGGAAUCUGAACUUGAUGAACAUGCUUUUGCUAAAGGCAAGAAAGUAGUGAAAAAGAGAAGAAGAGAAACAAUUAAACAAACCAAUUGCAAAGCACGGAUGAUGGUGAAGCUAAUAGAUUCUAGGUGGGAAGUAACAUAUUUCAUUGGUGAGCACAAUCAUCCUUUGAUUGCAAAGCCAUCCCUCACGAAGUAUCUCCGUUCGCAUUAG